CGCCACCCCGCGGUCCGGAGGUCGGGCGCGCGUCAAAACCCCGCGGCGAGGCUGAUUUGUGCUGCCUAUCCCCCAUCCCCGCCCUCCUCCCCCACUGCGAGCCGCCCCGGGAGCUGAUCGGAGGGGGAGGGAAGAGCUGCACCCAGCCCUUCCCCAGCCCUUCCCGCGUGCAGACUCGGUCGCACCUUUUAUUAUUUUAACGCAUCUCCCGAGCACCAGCAGCCCUCUGCGCCCGCGCCCGGAUGGGAGCGCCGGAGCCCCGCGCGCGGUCGGCGGGCGGCCGGGAGGUCGGGGCGCCGCCCGGACUCUGAGGACAGGUCUUGAGGGAAGGAGAGGCAGGUGCAAGCAGGUGGGUAGCUGGCUAUGGUGACGGAAAGAUGUUGGCCAGAAAAAGCAUCAUCCCGGAGGAGUACGUGCUGGCGCGCAUCGCCGCCGAGAACCUGCGCAAACCGCGCAUCCGCGACCGCCUCCCCAAAGCGCGCUUCAUCGCCAAGAGCGGCGCCUGCAACCUGGCGCACAAGAACAUCCGCGAGCAGGGCCGCUUCCUGCAGGACAUCUUCACCACCUUGGUAGACCUGAAGUGGCGCCACACGCUGGUCAUCUUUACCAUGUCCUUCCUCUGCAGCUGGCUGCUCUUCGCGAUCAUGUGGUGGUUGGUGGCCUUUGCCCAUGGGGACAUCUACGCUUACAUGGAGAAAAGUGGCUUGGAGAAAAGUGCCUUGGAGUCCACUGUGUGUGUGACUAAUGUCAGGUCUUUCACCUCUGCUUUUCUCUUCUCCAUUGAGGUUCAAGUGACAAUUGGAUUUGGAGGGAGGAUGAUGACAGAGGAGUGCCCUCUGGCCAUCACAGUGCUGAUUCUCCAGAACAUUGUGGGCCUGAUUAUCAAUGCUGUCAUGUUAGGCUGUAUUUUCAUGAAAACAGCUCAGGCUCACAGAAGGGCAGAGACGUUGAUUUUCAGCCGCCAUGCGGUGAUUGCUGUCCGAAAUGGCAAACUGUGCUUCAUGUUCCGAGUGGGUGACCUGAGGAAAAGCAUGAUCAUCAGUGCCUCUGUGCGCAUCCAGGUGGUCAAGAAGACAACUACCCCUGAAGGGGAGGUGGUGCCUAUUCACCAACUGGACAUUCCGGUUGACAACCCAAUCGAGAGUAAUAACAUUUUCCUGGUGGCCCCUCUGAUUAUCUGCCAUGUGAUUGAUAAGCGCAGCCCCCUCUAUGAUAUCUCGGCCACUGACCUCGCCAACCAAGAUCUGGAGGUCAUAGUUAUUCUAGAAGGUGUGGUCGAAACUACGGGCAUCACCACACAAGCUCGAACCUCCUAUAUCGCAGAGGAGAUUCAGUGGGGCCACCGCUUUGUGUCUAUUGUGACUGAGGAGGAAGGAGUGUAUUCAGUGGAUUACUCCAAAUUUGGCAACACUGUCAAGGUGGCUGCUCCACGGUGCAGUGCCCGGGAGCUGGAUGAGAAGCCUUCCAUCCUCAUUCAGACCCUCCAAAAGAGUGAACUGUCCCACCAGAAUUCUCUGAGGAAGCGCAAUUCCAUGAGAAGAAACAAUUCCAUGAGGAGGAACAACUCUAUCCGAAGGAACAACUCUUCCCUCAUUGUGCCAAAGGUGCAGUUUAUGACUCUAGAAGGAAAUCAAAACACAUUAGAAUCAUGA